AUGGAAAACACGGAUAUGGGCCCGCCUUUGACGCCCUUGGAGCAGCAGUUCCGCGACUUGAAGAGCCGCCACACGGAGAAGGUGCUCGCCAUCCAGGUCGGGUACAAGUACAAGUUCUUCGGGCAGGACGCGGUGGUGGCGGCGCAGCUCUUGAACAUCAUGCUUAUCCCCGGCAACAUCGCCUUGGACGAGCGCACGCACGAGCGGUACGCGUACUGCCUGAUCCCGGACGUCCGGCUCCACAUCCACUUGCAGCGGCUCUUGAACCACGGGCUCAAGGUGGGCGUGGUCAAGCAGACCGAGACCGCGGCAGAAAGGGGCGCCGACGGGCCGGGCAAAUCCGCCGUGUUCCUGCGGCACAUCAGCGCCGUGUACACCAAGGCCACGUACAUGGGCGACGAGGACGUGGGCGGCGGGCGGGCGGACAAAACGCCGGGCCUGGGCCCGCAGGCGGCCCGCUACAUCGUGUGCAUAGACGAGCUGCAGCACCCUGCGCAGACGGGCGUCGUGGCCGUGCAGCCGGCCACCGGCGACAUUGUCUACGACGCGUUCCGGGACUCGCAGCUGCGCGACCAGCUCGAGACCAGGCUCGCGUACUUGAACCCGAGCGAGGUGCUCGUGGUGGGCCUGCACGCGGCCGUUUCCAAGGACACCGGCGUGGCGUUGAAGCUCCACUGCCCCGACGCCAGCGUCCACGGCUUUGCGUGCCGGCCCGACGGCGCCGUGCAGACGGGCUUGGAGGCGUUUUUCGGCGGCCUCGGCGCCCCGGGCUCGCACGCCCACGUGUCCGAGUUCUACCUCUUGCACUUCGCCGCGUGUGUCCAGAGCUGCGUGCUCCAGCUCGCGGAGCACCUCGCAGAGUUCCGCCUCAGCAACGUGUUCACCAUCACGUCCAACGUGGCGCCGUUCGCCGCGGCCGGCAGGUACAUGGUGUUGCCCGCGGCCACGCUCCGGGCGCUCGACGUGUUCGAAGUGCACGACGACGCGGCGGCCCGCCGCGGCUCCUUGGUGUGGCUCCUCGACCGCACCUACACGCGCCCGGGCGGCCGCAUGCUCCGCCACUGGAUCGGCCGCCCGCUCGUGGACAAGGCCCAGAUCGAAAAGCGGCUCCAGGCCGUCGCCUGCCUUGCGUGCGGCAAGUUCGUGCACGUGCUCGACGCAUUCAAGGCGGCCGUGGCCAAGCUUGGCCGUGGCGGCGUGGACCUCGACCGGCUGUUGAUCAAAGUGCACUACCUGGCCACGUACAAGAACGGCCGCGUAUCGCGCAAGGACGUGUACCUCAUGCUCAAAUGCUUCGGCGACUUGCUCCAGCUUUUCCGCAACUUCGGCGACGCGGGGGUCGACGAGCUCGGGCUCGCGUUUGCCGACAGCGAGCUCCUCACGGAGAUCAUGCAAUCUUUGCUCCGGGCCAGUGGCCAGAAGACGGUCGACCGCAUCUUGGCCCAAAUCAACGCCCAUGCCGCCCUCAACGACCGCGACCCGGUGGAGCAGAAAACGGGCUUCUUCGUCCAUCAGCACAACAAGAAGUACGCGGCCAUCUCCGAGGAGCUUGCGCGUAUUGCCGACAUCGAGGCCGCCUUGGACACCGAGCUCCAGGCGCUCCGCAGGUCCAUGAACAGGCCCCGCUUGGCGUACGUCACCAACAUGAAGGAGACGCAUCUCAUAGAGGUGCGCAACGGCAAGAUGGCCGACGCCUUGCCGCCCGACUGGCUCCGCAUCAGCGCCACGAAAACGGUGGCCAGGUUCAGGACCCCGGAGGUCUCGCGCCUCCACAAGCAGUUGCAGUACCACAACGAGCGCCUCUUGAAAGAAAACGACAACUGCUUCAACCAGUUCUUGCAGGAGAUCGACGCGGAGUACGUCUAUUUCCGGCAAAUCGUGCACGACGUGGCGCGCUUCGACUGUCUCCUCUCGCUCUCCACCCUUGCCCAGGACGAAGGCCAUACGCCGUACGUGAGGCCGCAGUUGACCACCGAGCAAACCGUCGAUAUACGCCUGGGGUGCCAUCCCAUUCUCCUGAGGCUCCCGCAGAACAGCGGUGCCUACGUGCCGAAUGAUGUGCAGAUGGCGCCGGACAAGAACAAGGUGCUCAUCAUCACAGGCCCAAAUAUGGGGGGCAAGUCUUCGUUGGUGAAGCAGAUUGCGCUCUUUGUGAUCAUGACCCAAGUGGGCUGCUUCUUGCCGUGUGCGCAGGCAACCAUGGGCAUCUUUGACUCCAUCUACAUCCGCAUGGGGGCGUCUGACAAUAUCUUGAGAGGCAAAUCCACGUUCAUGGUGGAGAUGCUGGAGUGCGCCAGUAUCGUUCAAAACUACACGCCGAACUCGUUGAUCAUUCUCGAUGAGAUUGGCCGUGGCACGGGCACCAGUGACGGGAUUGCGCUCGCCUACUCGAUUCUCAAGUACAUCAUCGAGGACAAGAACGGGCCAUUGACGCUCUUCAUCACACACUAUCCAUCGCUACACGUGCUCGAGCAGGAACACGAGACGGUGGCAAACCACCACAUGGCUUUUGUCGAAAAGCACUCGCUGGAUGGCGCCGAGAACGACUGGCCCGAGGUGGUGUUCCUCUACAAGUUAGUGGCCGGCGUGGUGUCGAACCUGUACGGGCUCAACGUGGCCAAGCUAGCCGGGAUCGAAAAGGGCGUGAUUGAUCUUGCGCACCAAAUGUCCCAGGCAAUGAAGGCCGACGUGGAGCGGGGCGAGGCCUUGGGAAAACUAGGCAGCUUGCGCGCCGACAAUGCGUUUGAUGUUCUUUUCAAUUUAUUCUAG